AUGGUAGUAGCAGAGGGAACAGUACAAACCUCGCCUCACGGCAGAAAUGCGCACACCUAUCAGUUUUAUGACUUCUACUGCUACAUGAUGGGUCUGGGUCAUGAUACCAGUGUCAGUCAGUCAGAGGAAGCAGCUGCUAUCCUGAUUUCCCUCACUUUUUCAGAAAAUGCUUCUGCAGCAAAGGCUUUGCAGCCACAAGACCCGCUUAGGCUACUCUGUGAGCAGCAGCCAGGCCCAGGCCAGCCUGCAGGAGGUAACUUGGCCGGAGCUGCUGCCACCACGGCGUGCAGAGUUGUGUGCCACAAGGCCGCCCUCCAGCCCGUGGCCUCUAGGAAGCCCUUCUGCUGCAGUGCAGGGCCUGUCCUUGGGGAAAACAGUUCCGUAACGUCUUCGAGGAGGCUGCGCGGGGCCGCGGCGGGGCCGCGGGCGCGGGCGGACCGGUUCGGGGGGGUGAGCGUGGACCUGGCGGAGCAGCGCGGCCGCCGCCGGCCGAGCCCGGCCGCCUUCCGACGGUGGCUGCAGGAUUCGGUUAAGCAGUGGCAAGAGGAGGGCAGGACAGCUGUCUGGCUGCACGUUCCCAUCCUCCAAAGUAGACUGAUACCUACGGCUGCUUUGCAAGGCUUUACUUUUCACCAUGCCGAAUCAGACUCCUCCACGCUGACGCUGUGGCUAGGAGAAGGGCCCAGCAAGUUACCGGGGUAUGCCACGCAUCAAAUAGGAGUUGCAGGUGCAGUUUUAGAUGAAAGCACUGGAAAGGUGUUGGUUGUACAAGACAGAAAUAGGACUGUAAAUGCGUGGAAAUUUCCAGGAGGCCUUUCUAAUCCAGGCGAAGACAUUGGAGACACAGCAGUUCGAGAGGUUUUUGAAGAGACUGGCAUCAAGUCUGAGUUCAAGUCCAUCCUAAGCAUAAGACAGCAACACAGACAUCCCGGAGCCUUUGGGAAGUCAGAUAUGUACAUCAUCUGUCGCCUGGAGCCUUCCUCCUUCACCAUCAGCUUCUGCCAGCAGGAAUGCCUGAGGUGCGAAUGGAUGGACCUCGAUGAGCUUGCCAGGACGAAACACACUACUCCCAUCACCAGCAACAUAGCUAAGCUAUUACUUUAUGGAUAUCGAGAAGGGUUUGAUAAGAUUGACAUAACCAUGAGAGAGUUUCCAGCUGUUUACACAGGCCUAUUCUACAAAUUAUACCACAGGGAGCUGCCGGAGUCCUACAGAAAUAUUACAGGAUAGGAACAAAUUUCACAUUUCAUUAAAUUAAUAAUUUAGAAUGUUUAUGGUCGAGUUAUUUGGACCAUGUUAAGAUUAUUCAUGGAUUACUUUUAGGAUGAAAGACAAUAUUCACUCUAUUUUCUCAUAAGCAAUAGAUAAUUUAAAUGGUAAAUAUUCCUUUAAUUGUGCAUCAGAUUAGUUUUCCUUUACUCUGUAAAGCAAAUAUAAGGUAAAUAAAACAGCUCUAUCUAGGUAUCUAGUAGAAAA